ACCACACUCAAUCCCCCCUCCUCUUCCCAAUUAUUGCAUACUAUGACAAAAACAACAUUAACAAUCACAAAGUGUGCUCACUACGGUUCAGAUUCUCCAAAUUCCUUCACCUCUCCCUCUCUCUCUCUCUCUCUCUCUAGCCUCCAUCACCACCACCACCACCACCACCAUCACCACCACCUAUAAAUCCCUCCCAUUCCCACCCUUCACCACUAAUGAACACAUCCACUCAAAUCCCCACCUUCAUACCUCACCAUAUCGUCACCCUUCCCAUCUCUCGCUCCUCCAUCUUCAUGGAUUUCGAAUUUCAAGAAUCCGACAUAGUUUUCACCGAUCAAAAUCAGGCGAAAACCGAUCGGAGCAGCGACGAGGACAAGCACGGCUACUGUGGUUUCCGCAAUAUGAUGGUGGUGCCAAUUCUCGACGAUUCGUGGGCGCACGGCAAAUCGCAAAAGAAGAAGGAGAGGGAGAAGAGAAUGACAAACUCACCUCCGGUCGAUAUCCCAGAAACUUUCAUCCGGUCUCCCGAAUCCGACUACGAGUUUAAGGAGGGGGAUGAUGAAGGGGAGGUUGUGCCGCCGCACUUGAUCGUCAGGCAGCGUGUGGCCGCAAGGAUGGCGUCCUUGGUGUGCUCCAGCCAUGGGAGGACGCUUAAGGGUAGACAUUUGAGUGAAGUGCGGAAUUCCAUCCUUAGAAUGACUGGCUUUUUGGAGUCUUGAGAAGAUCUCUCUUGGAGACUUCAUUAUUGUUACCUAGCGCGCGCGCACAAAAAAUGGCCCAAAAAAGAGGGAAGGAAAAUGUCAAGAAAAUGAAAAUGUCCUCUUUCUGUUUUUUUUCAUCUCCAUUUUCUUGAUGUCUUCUCAAUUUCUUUCCAGGAUUUCAUUCAGUGUAACGGAAUGGAGAACUUUGGAUUCAAAAUCGGAAAAGUUGUAAAUGUGGGUUCUUGUGCAAUUCAUUCUUCUUCCUUAAAA